AUCGGAAACCUGCUUCCGCCGACGCCUUUGUUGACCCUAGGCCAUGAUCAUACUUGGCUUCUGAAGUAUAGCCCCUUCGCGGAGAGGGGCCUCGAUAUAAUUUCCUCUGUGGCUUGUUGGCCGAAAGCGAUAGGAUCGCUGAUGAUAGCAGACGCCGGUGUAAUCAAGGACAUCGUUUGGUCUCGCGGAGGACGCUUCCCGAAACCUCUACACCAGUAUGCCGUCUUAGCAGUCUUUGGAAGGAAUAUCAUUGUUUCCGAAGGCGAUGAAUGGAAGCGUUACCGCAAGGUUGUCGCACCUGCGUUUUCAGAAAGGAAUAACAGAUUGGUCUUCGAGACAACGACACAGAUCAUGCUUGGCCUUUUUGAUACAGUAUGGGCCGGACAAGAUGAAGUGGUUGUAGACCACGCCGUAGACUUGACUUUGCCGAUUGGCUUGUUCGUGAUCGGCGCUGCAGGCUUUGGACGCCCGAUAUCCUGGAAAGAGGACAAUGUGGUCCCACUUGGCCACCAGCUGACCUUCAAAGAUGCUCUCCAUACAGUGACACAGGACCUUUCCAUUAAAUUAUUAGUCCCGAAAUGGGCCAUGGGACUCACUAGGCGUUUCAGGCAUACAAGACUUGCAUUCGAUGAACUGCAUCAAUACCUUACUGAGAUAAUUCAAGAACGCCUAGAAUCCCAGCACAAGGAAGACAACAACGAUCUAUUAUCUAGUUUGUUGGCAGCAAACGACGAUGAGAAUUUGUCAAAGGGCGAAGUCAAGCUAAGCGACAGCGAAUUAAUCGGCAAUGUCUUCAUAUUUUUAGUCGCGGGACACGAGACGACAGCGCAUUCUUUGGCUUUUGCGUUCGGACUGUUGGCUUUAUAUCCUGAUAAGCAAGAGGAAUUGUACCAGCACAUCAAGCGAGUAUUACCUGAUGGAAGAAUUCCUACUUACGACGAUAUGCCGUCACUGACCUACUCGUCUGCCGUGUUCAACGAGACAUUACGGAUGUUCCCCCCUGUCGCCGUUGUGCCAAAGUUCAACGCCGAAGACACAUCCUUCACCCUCACAGAUGAGAACGGGACGAUGAAAACGAUCGCUGUGCCUCAAGGAUUUGCUCUUACGCUGGAUGUACCUGGGCUUCAUUACAACCCGAAGUACUGGGAAGAUCCAUACGCGUUCAAACCUGAGCGAUUCUUGGGUGACUGGAAUCGGGAUGCAUUCUUCCCCUUCAGUGGUGGUUACAGAGCAUGUGUGGGAAGAAAGUUCUCGGAAACGGAGGGAACGGCUGUUCUGACUAUUUUGCUUUCGCGAUAUACCAUUUCCAUCAAGGACGAGCCGCAGUUUGCUGGCGAAACAUUCGAGCAGCGUAAGGCGAGAGUACUCAACGCACGAAGUCAGCUCACCCUAGCACCGACCCGCCUUCCCCUGGUGUUCAGACGAAGAUCUUGA